CCCUGUCAUUGUGUUCAUACAUCAUCACCCUUUCACCCCCACAUUAACACACAUAAUUAUAAAACCAUCAUACACACACAUUAUGAAAUUUAUCCAUGACUAUGUUACUUAUAGAGAGAGCAUCAAUAUAUUCAAUAAUGCAGCAGAGUUGUCAACAAAUUCCUAUAUAUAAACAAGAGUUGUUUGUGAAGUGCGGAGAAGGAAGAAAAACACCAGAACAUGCCUUCACUUGGCAAAAAUGAGAUCUCACAAACAUGCCCUCAUGGCUAUGGAUGUUGUCCUACCUCAUUGUUCAACUCAUCAUCACCAUCACCACUGCCAUCUCAAAAGAUAACAACAUCAACAACAGCAACAAGCAAACCGAGAAACAGCUCUUCAGAGUGCCGUCACAGUUUUGCAGCAACAACAACAUCUUCCAUCUUUCCAAACACAAAGUUCACUAACCAUGAGUCUCUUCCAUCUCUGCAAGAAUCAUUAGGUGAAUUCAACAGAGUUUACCCUCAAUACUCAGAGACUGAGAUAGUUGAUCGUGUGAGAGCCAAGGAAUACUACCAUCUCUCUUUUUCCAACCACACUUGCCUUGAUUACAUUGGUAUUGGCCUUUUCUCAUAUUACCAACGCCAACAACACCAUGAUGCUUCAAGAACCCAGGUUGCAUCUUCUUCAACUCCUCAAUCUCCACCCCAAUAUUCAGAUAUUCCCUUCUUUAGCAUAUCUUACAAGACUGGGAAUCUGAAGACUCUAUUGCUUCAUGGAGGGAAGGAGUCAGAAUUUGAGUCAGCAAUGAGGAGGAGAAUGAUGAGGUUCCUUAACAUUUCUGAGAAUGAUUACUUCAUGGUUUUCACAGCAAACAGAACAUCAGCUUUCAAGCUUGUGGCAGAAUCAUACCCUUUCCAAUCAAGAAAGAAGCUUUUGACAGUUUAUGACUAUGAGAGUGAGGCAGUGGAGGCAAUGGUUAGUUGCUCAGAGAAGAGAGGAGCCACGUCUAUGUCAGCAGAGUUCUCAUGGCCAAGGCUCAGAAUUCAAUCAGAGAAACUGAGGAAGAUGAUUGUUAGCAAGAGGAAGAAAAAAGGAAGAGGGCUCUUUGUGUUCCCACUUCAUUCAAGAGUAACAGGAGCAAGGUAUCCUUAUUUGUGGAUGAGCAUAGCACAAGAGAAUGGAUGGCAUGUUUUGAUUGAUGCAUGUGCCUUAGGGCCAAAGGACAUGGAUAGCUUUGGCCUCUCUCUCUUUAGGCCAGACUUUCUUGUUUGUUCUUUCUACAAGGUCUUUGGAGACAAUCCAACUGGCUAUGGUUGUCUUUUUGUCAAGAAAUCUGCUAUUUCCAUUCUUGAACCUUCCACUUGUGCUGGAAUUGUGAACCUUGUACCGGAAAGGAGGUUACUUCAGCAACUAUCAGAGGAUUCUUCAGUUGAACAAAAACCAACAUCUAUCUUACAAGAUCAAGAGUUAUCUUCUUUGACCUCCUUCUCUGGUAGGAUAGAAACCACACAAUCUACAAAAGUUGAAGCAGAAGAACCAUCCGAGCUUCAGAUAACAGAGGUACCUAUAGAAGUAAAAGCUCAUGAAGAAGCAGUUGAAAUACUUGAGAAUAAGAAUGUUAGAGAUAGUGAAAAUGGGAGCUUAAAAAUUGAAUGCAGGUGUUUGGAUCAGGUGGAUUCUUUAGGAUUGGUUCUAAUCACUAACAGGACAAGGUACCUGAUAAAUUGGUUGGUAAACUCAAUGUUGAAGCUUAAGCACCCCAACACACAAGGAGGGGUUCCCCUGGUCAAGAUUUAUGGCCCAAAGAUAAAAUUUGAUAGGGGACCUGCUUUGGCUUUCAAUGUGUUUGAUUGGAAAGGUGAAAAGAUUGAGCCAGUCCUUGUGCAAAAGCUUGCUGAUAGAAGCAAUAUAUCUCUGAGCUAUGGAUUCCUUCAUCAUAUCUGGUUUGCAGAUAAAUAUGCAGAAGAGAAGGGAAGAGUACUACAGACCAAAGAAGGAAGAAGCCAAGGAGUGAAUGCUUCCAACAAGAAGAAAGACAGAGACAACUUAGGAGUAACUGUGGUUACUGCUGCAUUGAGCUUCUUGGCUAAUUUUGAAGACAUGUACAAACUCUGGGCUUUUGUUGCUAAGUUCCUUGAUGCAGAUUUUGUGGAGAAGGAGAGAUGGAGAUACACAUCUCUCAAUCAGAAAACCGUUCAAGUUCUAAUUCCAUAAACUUCAUGUUUUUUUCCCCUUCUGGAUUUUGGAUCAAAUAAGAUUUCAUGUUGUUAUGAACCCAAAAGCUUUAAAGUCAAUACUCUGUUGAUGUUGAUAUUCUCCAAAGAAUGAAUGGUGAUACAAGACAAAACAGAUUCGAUCAAAUCAGGAAGUUUGAAAGGACAAGGACAGAAACAAAGUAAUGUCUUUCGAUGUGUUUGUGUAAUACACGUCCCUUUGAAAGGUUUGAAUAUUAUAAUAAUAUUAAUGUAAAAUAAUGUCCAAGUAUUUUUUGUUUGAAGUUUGAACUUUGAACUGUUGACCGCAUUGCAAGAGCUAAGAAUCCAAAUAUAAGAAUAUAUGCUUAGCACGUCGUUAUAUUAAAUCUGUUUUCAUUUCAAUGGUCACAGCAGGAACAAAAUUCUAGAUAGUAUUAUAUUA